ACUGACACUUUUAUGUGCAGAAGCAGCAGUUAGUCGUUCAGUCUCCUCCACAGUCCUCUCGUCUCCUCACCGUAAGGUGUCUGACUCCCUACUGGCUGCCGUUGUACGCGGCAACUUUUUGCCCCGAAGACACCCGCCCUGCCCCGUUUUCCCGGCCAUCAUUUUCUCCCGGUGAUAACAUCUUACCGUUUACCAUCAUGACGACGAGCGCGAAGCGAAAACAGGAGGAGACUCAUCUGAAGAUGCUCCGAGAAAUGACUAGCCUUCCCGCGAAUAGGAAAUGCUUUGACUGCGACCAGCGCGGCCCGACCUAUGUCAACAUGACAGUGGGUUCCUUCGUCUGCACCACCUGCUCUGGGAUACUGCGAGGACUGAAUCCCCCACACAGAGUGAAGUCCAUCUCAAUGACCACAUUUACACAGCAGGAAAUAGAGUUCUUACAGAAACACAGCAAUGAGGUCUGUAAACACAUCUGGUUAGGCCUCUAUGACGACAGGACAUCAGUUGUGCCAGAUUUCCGAGAACCACAGAAAGUUAAAGAGUUUCUCCAGGAAAAAUAUGAAAAGAAACGAUGGUACGUUCCUCCAGACCAGGCCAGAUCAGUGGGAAGCGUCCAGGCCUCUGUGUCAGGCUCGUCAGCCAGCAGCACUGGCAGCACUCCAGAAGUGCAGCCCCUUAAAUCCCUGCAGCUCAACAAGACCCCACUGCGCCAGUCUCCAGGGCUCAGCCGUUCACAGGCUCAAAGCGCUAGUCAAGAGAAGAAGUUUGACCUGCUCUCAGACCUGGGAGGAGACAUCUUUGCUGCUCCACCGACUCAAACUGCCACCUCUUCCAACUUUGCCAACUUUGCACAUUUUCCAAACCAGACGGCACCUCAGGGUGAUUCAAAUACCAACUUUGCCAAUUUUGAAGCAUUUGGAAACACUACAAUCCCAUCCCAUCUGAGCACAUCACCCCCAUCCAAGUCAUUUUCAUCAGGUGGAGGUGUGCCAAUCCCGUCAAUGUCUAGUGCAGUUCCUGCCCAACCCCUUGGAGGAAGUUGCAAAGAGGACCGUUAUGCUGCUCUGGCAGAGUUGGACAAUGAGCUCAGCUCCUCUGUCUCAUCCGGCAGCAACGUGCAAGGGAACCUAUUUGGACCAGUACUUGGCUCAUCGCCAGCCCAAAAUCAACCUGUGUUACCCAACAUGCAGCCUGGCUUUGGAGCCGUACCAUCUACAAAUCCUUUUGUAGCUGCUGCUGUCGCCCCAGACAUGGCAACCAACCCUUUCCAGACCAACGGCAGAGCCUCAGCUGCAGCUCCCUUUGGUACUGGCUCCAUGAGCAUGCCUGCAGGUUUUGGGAGUGCCUCUUCCUACUGCCUUCCCACCAGUUUCAGUGGAACCUUCCAGCAGCAAUUCCCUGGUCAGGCUCCCAUCCCUUAUGCUCAACCUGGAGCCUAUCACCCUCAGUCUAAUGGUCCUGCAUUUCCAGUCUACACUCAGAACAAGCCCUCCAUGCCAUUUGGGCAGCACAUGGCUGCACCAGGCAUGUCCAACAAUCCAUUCAUGGCUGGAGGUCCUGCUGGAGCAUUUCCUUCAGGGGGAUCGUCUACUAACCCUUUCCUGUAGCACAGCUUCCAAUUACGGCCACCAGAUGGCAGCAUGCAGCACAUAGUCAACGCACCCGUUCCGUCACGCUACUAGUGGCAUUACAUUUCGUUAAAAAAACAAAACCUUUUUCCUCCACAAAACGUUUACAACACUAUGAAGGAGUUCAAAGGACUACAUUGAAGACUAAGGGACUGUUACGGGAGGGGGUUCUACUGUUUGGACUAUACACAUUUUAUGCUUUUUACUUAUUGUUUAUGACUGUAAGCUCUGUGCAUAUCAUUUGUAAUCGCAAAUAAGUAGAUGUUACGUAUAACAAAGGACUGAGUUACCAUGAGUGAGUAUACUGUUCACACCUUGUGGUAAGAAAAACCACUACAAUCUAUGUUAUGGUAUAUACAUUUAAACGAAAUAUUAACAGGGUUCCAUACAAAUAUAUGACCUGUGGUUUGAAGCAGCCAGGACGAUGCAGGUAUUGUAUUUUCAAAGGGAUUUGUUAUUCUGUUGCCACUAUACAGGCUUUAAGGUGCAAAAUGUCCUUUUAUUAACUUACUGCUCUAUAUUGAUGUUCCUAACAGUCUAAAGCUUCCUACGACUAAAUGCAAACCUUUUUUAUAAAUUAGAG